UCUGAUUUCACACUUAAAUCUUGGUUCAACAAAAGAUAAGAAAGUUAUUUAUAGAUUUGUUAAUUAAAUUUCUGUUUUAGGUGUAUUCUUGGGGAGCUGUUUACAAAGAAGCCAAUAUUCCAAGCAAAUCAGGAGCUGCUGCAACUUGAGCUCAUCAGCCGUCUCUGUGGUAGCCCCUGUCCCGCUGCCUGGCCUGAUGUCAUCAAACUUCCGCUUUUCAACACAAUGAAGCCCAAGAAGCAAUACAGGCGCCGGCUACGGGAGGAGUUUGCCUUUUUGCCUCUCCCCGCCCUGGACCUGUUUGACCGAAUGCUGACCCUUGACCCCUCACGGCGCUGCACCUCUGAACAGGCUCUGAACAGUGACUUCCUGUCCGACGUGGAGCCCAACAAAAUGCCUCCCCCAGAUCUUCCCCACCACCAGGACUGUCACGAGCUGUGGAGCAAGAAGCGGCGGCGUGCGCGUCAGAGUGGGGUGUCCGAGGAUGUGCCUGUGCCCAAAGUGCCCCGUAAGGACCCCAGCGGGACCUCCGGAGGGGAGAACAGCCGACCCCCCCUCAGCCCCCCUCCUCCCCCUCCUGGAAAACCCCCAACGGCUCUGACAGAAAAUUCCUCCAAAAAGAAGCCCCUCCAGCUGGUUGAACAUCGCCCACCAUCACCCCCUCCACCUCCACCCCCUCCUCCAUCUGCCCCCCACCCGGGCACAGAGACCCAGCCCGGGCAGGACAUCAGCCCAGCGGUGGCGGCCUGCCCUUCUCCAGCUCAUCUCCCAACAGGACCCUGAAUCUCAACCCGGCGAAGACUCCUCAUCGGUGGGACAACAGCCUCCGCCUUCGCCCCCUAAACCCUCCACAGCUGCGGAGGCUCCACCUGCACUAGUUACCACGGUUACUACGGCGAAGACUGCGCAGUAUGCAAAAGACGAGGACCUCCGCUACACCCGCUGACCCGUGGAGUGACCAGGAGAGCGCCCCCUAGCUACCUGCAGGUUGAUUGACAGGUGAACCAGGACACAGAUAAAGAAAGCAGGUACAAAGAAGAGAUAUAUAUGAAAGGGCCUUUAUAGGUGCUGACUGUUCCAUAUAAGCUGUGGUUUAGUUGUGGAAAGCGAGAAAAGUCUACCAUGAUUUGCAGGUUGCUAUAAAGCUACCAAUGGACUUAAAGCUAAACCACCCAUAUGAUUGUCGUGCUCAACGCAGCCUUGUCCGCUUUUGACAGAUUCUGCAUUUAAAUAUAACACUAAGGGCAAGAAUUGAAUAAGAAUUUUUAUAAACGCCAAGUAACUAAAAUGCAUUGUGCCUCACGUGUGCCCCCUGACUGAUCUUCGCCCAUUAGGGAAGAAGUGGCUUAGUUUAGAUGGUACCUGUAAGUGUGCCCAUCUUUAAAUGAUUUUGUUUGCCAAAGGUUGCCCCUAUGAUAAUCCAUUCAUCAUUAAAGACACACCAUGUAACGUUUUGAUUGGGAGUCCGUUACCUGCUCGUUUCUAUGGAUACGUCAUUGCUCUGCCUUGAAUGUUCCACAGUAUGACAUUAAACAGCUCUACCUUGCAUUUAUUCAACUACAAGUGGUUUUAUAGCUUAAAAAUACCUCGAAAAACAAUCAUUCUGACUGUGAGCGGGGUUGCCUCUUCACAGAUCUGACCUGUAACUUGGUCUGGUUUGGUCUCCAUGAAGAUAGAAAGGUUUAAUACCAUACUUUGAAACAUUCCAGACAAAGCAACAACAUCUCCACGGAGAAAAGCUUUUGACGGACCAGACCUCCACCAGAAGAGUUACACAAUGCACCUUUAAAUAUAUUUAUAUAAUAUUCUCCAUCAAAGAUUUGAGAAAUACCAAUUCAAAGUAUUCAUAUAUUUAACUGUGAUAAGAUACUGUAUUGCUCUUGUUUCAAAUAGAGCUAACUACACUGGCUGCUCUCUUAUCUUGUUAAUUCUGAUCACAAGCUACAGUCUUUUCCUAAUUCUCUUUGAAGCUUCAUCUGUUUCCUCUUGUGCAACAUUGGCUUUCCUUUUUUUUUUUUGUGCAAUAAGAACGCACCCUUAAAAAACAGUUGAUUUUCAUACUUAAGUUUUAGUUUUAUUGUUUUUUUUUGGACAAGAAAACAAAAGAGAAAGACUUUAAUGUGUCUGUAAAAAUGAAAAUAUUUUGUAAUAUGUGUUUUCUUGGUUCAGUUUAUUAAAAGGAAGUUAUGUGACCGUUUGAACUGUGCGUCUCUGCUCUUGUGUGGAUGUUGUUCCUAGAGCGGCCACUAGAUGUCACUGUUUGCGUCUGCGAGUCCCGGCGCGCGCAGCGGUGCCAGGUCACGUCAAAGAACAUCAAAGUGGCGUCAACACAACGCGCAAGUUAAACAAGCGGCACCGUUAAUUAUUCAACACACAGGUGAAUUUGGUUGUAAUGACUUUAAACUGACAAUUUGCAAUACCAGAUUUAACGGGUUACACACUGAACGUCCUUGAUACAGAGAAUUAAAAGAAAAAUAAUGUAAAGUUUCGAUUUGUCACAA